AUGCAGUACGCUCCAUUUGCCUCGGACAUUGAGCUCCCAUUCUACACAGCUCUAGCUACAUUGAAGAUAGACCGUGACAAACUCGAUGACUCUGCUCGCAAAGUAUUAGGCCUGUACGAACUGCGCUCUACGGACGCACCGAAUAAUUCUUGUCGGAUGCAGAUACAUGGAAAUGCCCUCACCAGCGACGAUGUACCGGAAGGUUAUUACAGAGCUGAAGGGACGAUCAAAAAUUUUAAUACUUUUGAAGAAUACCGCGACAUCGAUAAGCCUCAGAUGUUGCAACAAGCCGGGCAAACGAUACGGGAUGCCAUAGAGGACGGCAGCAUCUACCUGUGUCCGUCAAAAUUAUCUUCCUUCAUGAUACUGUCUUUCGCAGAUCUCAAGAAGUAUAAGUUCCACUACUGGUUCGCGUUUCCUGCACUUCAUUCAACCCCUUCCUGGACUCCUGUACCAUAUUCUGGGGAGAUUGUCGGUGAUACUCCGGUUGAACCAAUUAAUAGGGCACCAUUCAAGGCCUUAUCCACUCUUGAAAGUUCGACUCUUGUGGAAGCAGUGCAGACCUGGUCUCGCAGCGUCGAAGCUUGUCAGCGAGGCUUUUUCCUCGCAAGGAAGUAUUUCAAGCUUGAUGGCAGACCUGGGCAUGAUGCCAAGGGAAUGCCCGAAACAGCAGAUGGGACAUUGGUGGCGAGUUCACAGCAGAGCGCCGGACACAACUGGAAGAUUGCUUCUCUAGCAAGUUAUGAGAGCGGGUUUUUCGAUGGGGCGCCAUUCGAGGAUAGCUUCAUUUGUUUUGCCGAUCCCUCGAACUACGACGAUGCGCCGGGUUGGAUGCUGAGGAAUCUACUAUUUCUCAUCAAGCAACGUUGGGGGCUACGAAGAGCCCAGAUUUUGAGGUAUCGCGAUACACGUCGCGAGAAUGGUCGCAGCAUGGUAGUCACAAUGGAAUGCAAAGCUCAGCCGGUGUCACACCCGGGGAGUUCUCCUGAAACAGUGAGCGGUGCGCCCAAAGUAACUGGCUGGGAACGGAAUUCAGCGGGAAAGCUGUCAGGGAGAUUAGUGGACCUCACAGAGUAUAUGAAUCCUAAGAGGCUGGCGGAUCAGUCCGUUGAUCUUAAUCUGAAACUCAUGAAAUGGAGGAUCAGCCCGGAUCUCGAUCUUGAGAAGAUCAAACGCACCAGAUGCCUCUUACUUGGAGCUGGGACGUUAGGAAGCUAUGUUGCUCGAAAUUUAAUGGCUUGGGGAGUUACGAAGAUAACAUUCGUGGAUAACGGAAACGUAUCUUUUUCAAAUCCGGUGAGGCAGCCACUUUUCAACUUUAAAGACUGCCUAGAAGGUGGCGCUAGAAAGGCAAUUCGAGCUGCGCAAGCCCUGUCGGAAAUCUACCCUGGUGUUGAGACUACCGGGCAUGUUCUUUCGGUGCCAAUGGCUGGCCAUCCUAUCACGGACAUGGAGAAGACACGAAAAGAGUUCGGUAUUCUCAAGGCUCUAGUAGAUGACCACGACGUUAUUUUCCUUCUUAUGGACACGAGAGAAUCGCGCUGGCUCCCAACAGUCAUUGGUAAGGCUGCGGGGAAGAUUGUGAUGAAUGCAGCGCUUGGAUUCGAUUCUUUUGUGGUCAUGCGACAUGGCGUCAGAAACGAUGCAGACCCAACAUCAGAACUUGGCUGCUACUUUUGCAAUGACGUAGUUGCGCCGAUGAAUGUAAGCCACCAUUCCCAAGUGUCGUGUCUCUAUGCGACUGACUUUUUUAAGUCUGUAAGAGAUCAGACACUUGAUCAACAAUGCACCGUCACUCGACCAGGUGUAGCCACAAUAGCGUCAGCCUUGGCGGUUGAGCUGCUCAUUUCACUUCUGCAGCACCCUCAAGGCGCUGCGGCCCCAGCUGCUUUGCCAACCGAUGACCGCAGUUCUCACCCUCUUGGUCUGGUGCCACAUCAAAUCAGGGGAUUUCUUUCGUCCUUCGAAAACAUUUCGGUUAUAGGAAGAAGCUAUGACUGUUGUAGUGCCUGCUCAACAAAUGUCGUUAACGCAUACAAUGAGCAGGGCUGGGAAUUUGUGGUAAAAGCUUUGAACGAGCCCGGAUAUGUGGAGGAGUUGAGUGGUCUUAGGGAGGUCAGUCACAACAAGCCUCUUUUAACCUACCCUCUAUUCCUCGUCUUUCGCUUCCCCCGUCCGCGCAAAUCACCCAACCCCGACCGGAAAUCUCUGGUACUGGCCAUAAACAAGGCAAUUUCUGUUGAUAUGGACGGCUGA